CGUUACUCACCAUCGCCCUCUAGCUACAUUUCCGGGCAUACCGGAAUAGUCUUUUUUGUUUGGGCUCGUCAAGAUGGCGGCGGGAAUGUAUCUUGAGCAUUAUCUGGACAGCAUAGAGAAUCUACCGUUUGAGUUGCAAAGGAAUUUCCAGCUUAUGCGAGAUCUGGACCAGCGGACUGAAGACCUGAAAGGGCAGAUUGACUCGUUGGCGCGGGAGUACACGACUAAUGCUCGCACACUGUCCCCGGAACAGAAGCUGUCUCUGCUGCGUCAGAUUCAGCAGUCCUAUGGAAAAUGCAAAGAGUUUGGAGAUGAUAAGGUCCAGCUGGCAAUGCAGACCUAUGAGAUGGUGGACAAGCACAUUCGGCGCCUGGACACAGACCUGGCGCGCUUCGAGGCUGACCUGAAGGAGAAACAGAUUGAAAGCACAGACUAUGACUCUACCUCAAGCAAGGGAAACAAGAGCGAACUCCGUGGCCCAAAAGAGAAGAAAGUGGCACGCACCAGGUCAAAGGUCAAGAACUCUGAUGAUGACUCCAGCCCCAAGAGUGCACAGAAGAAAGUCAAACUCAUGCAGACGACGGAGUUCGCCACCGUACCCGCUGUGACCUUUGGAAAUGUGCACCCAUCGGAUGUGCUGGACAUGCCAGUGGAUCCUAAUGAGCCUACUUACUGCCUCUGCCACCAGGUGUCCUAUGGGGAGAUGAUCGGCUGCGACAACACCGAUUGUUCCAUUGAGUGGUUCCACUUCGCUUGUGUGGGACUCACCACUAAACCUCGCGGAAAAUGGUACUGCCCACGGUGUUCACAGGAGAGGAAGAAAAAAUGAGUGCCCUGAAGUGAAAAAAGAUGGAGAGAGAAAGAGAAAAAACAAACUCAGAAGGAAAUGGGCAAAUGGAGGAAGAGGGGACCCGUUCCCUCUGCAUACACUAACAUAGAGCUGCUCUCUGCAUUGUUUGGUGUUUGUCUCCAUGGCCUCUGCUCUCUCCUCCCUCCACUUGGAAGGGCAAGCAGAGGUGUAGUUACGGUUGUAGCUUAAUUUAUGUUUCCAGUGUCAGCCAUGUCUUUGUUUUGAUUUUUUACGGGGAUAUUUUUUUACGUACUUGCUGUUAUAGAUUUUUUGUUGUUGUUUUUGAGAGUUUGAUUUUGUAUGCUUCAGUUAAAGUGGAGUUAAAGAGUUAGGUGGUGCUAGUGAUGUCAUAUCCUCCCCCAUGGACCACGUCAAACGGUUUUAAGGGACCUUCAUAGUCUCAAUCUGGAUAUUUGUAAUCUCGACACUACUGGACUGUCUGGACUGCUCUGUGAUGUGGUCUUUUCCUGGAAAUAGUCUACAUAUUUCGAACCAUGCCACAGCAACUAGUAAGUGAAUUGAUGACAACCUGUCACACAGACUUCACACUGUCUACUGUGACAGGAAUGAACCAGUUUACAGAAGGGCCUUGAAAGAUCAGGUCUUAAAAAUUCCUGGUUUUAAGCAUUGCAUGCCAUUUUUUUCAUUUCAGCUCGACUGAAGAGUGCUGGAUUUCCACAUAUGCACUAACACGACAAGCAUUAAGCCUAUAGUAUUUAUGAAGUAUAUGUUUCCAAUAGAGGUAUUUCCAAAAUGUUUGCAAGGAAAAUAAAUUGAAAGUGAGUGUUCUAAGAAAGUACUUGCCAGAGUGCAAAUAUGUAUCUAUCUGCAUUACGUAAUUGUCAGAUGUUUUUAUUGUGUGCUUAUUUUUUUAGCCAUUUUGAUGUCACAAAGAAAGGUCAGUAGCAAACAUCCUCAGUAUUGAUGGAAUUCCUAACCGGAGGGUAGACAUCCCAUCUUAUGGAGCUCAGUUCCAUGAUCCAUACUGGAAUGCGAAUGAUCAUUAUCGUUACCAAGUCAAGCCUCUAUUCUCAAAAUGCUCACCUACGCCCAUUCAUACACUGUACCUUCAGAGUAAAUGAGGAGUAAUGAGGAGUUCCCUUUUACAAAACUGGUGCUUUGAGAGAGAAUGACAUUGAACUAGCAGAUCUUGCAUGGAAGUGCUUAACAUCAUUUUCGGUUGUUUAAACAAAUGUUUAUAGAGAACUGUACUAAUGUCAUAUAUUGUUUUGCUUUUUUGUAUGUCUUCCAUUGCAGUUGAAUGAAUGAUGAAAAUGAAUAACCAAACCUGUGUUGAAUUUGUUCUGUUUAGGGUGUUCUUCAAAGACUUUCCACAGACUAGCUUUGGCUAGGAUAGGAAUGAAUAUGUCUGCUGAUGUCCGAUGACUACUCAGUCCGCAGUCCUCUUCUUACUCUCUCUAGACUGGUCUACAGUUUAAUUCAGUCCUUAAUUGAGCAGAGAUGGGUUCAGCAGAUGAACGCAUCCAAUGGGACUAAUUAUGACUAGGUGAUUUAGCCCAUAUAUUUAAAAAAAAAAAAAAAAAACACUGGUAAGAUUUAGCAUACACUGGAGAUUUCCAAAUGAAUUUGCUUUGAGGAUGUAAUAUGUUUUGUUGGUUUUAAGGAUUCAUUUGAAUCAGUAUCCGAACACUUCAGUAAUUGUUGCAAUAUGUCUGCUCAUCCUCUGUGAACCAGAUAACAACCCCUUUCCCCAAUAAAUCCCUAAUAGUUA